AACUGUCAGUUGAGCAGCACAGCAGAGAUUGUUCACAGGCCAGGUUAGAACCAGAGGCAUCAUUCACAGUAGACCAGAGCAGAUCAGAGAAGAUGGCUGCCCCUCAGAAAGGAGAUCUGUCAGCAUCUGAGAGGAAAAUCCUGCAAGUUAUUGCUGCUGGUGAUGUACAGGAGGCUGCCCAGCUGCUUGCUAGCAAAGAAGUGAGAGUCAACUGCUUAGAUGAGUAUGGCAUGACUCCACUGAUGCAUGCAGCAUAUAAGGGCAAGGCAGAUAUGUGUCGUUUGCUGCUGCAGAAUGGGGCCGAUGUGAACUGCAAUCAACAUGAAUAUGGAUACACUGCACUCAUGUUUGCUGGCCUUUCAGGGAAGACAGACAUCACCUCCAUGAUGCUGGAUGCAGGGGCAGAGACAGACCUGGUGAAUUCUGUGGGUCGCACUGCUGCUCAGAUGGCAGCGUUUGUUGGCCAGCACGACUGUGUAACAGUGAUCAACAACUUCUUCUCGCGGGCAAGGCUAGAGUACUAUACCAGACCACAGGGGCUAGAAAGGGAGCCCAAGCUGCCUCCAGGGCUGGCAGGGCCCCUGCACAAGAUCAUCAUGACCACCAACCUCAACCCAGUCAAGAUAGUCAUGCUGGUGAAGGAGAAUCCUGUGCUGGUGGAUGUGGCAGCUCUGGAGAAGUGUUACCAGGUGAUGGACCUGCUGUGUGAGCAGUGUGUGAAGCAGCAAGAUAUGAAUGAGGUCCUGGCCAUGAAGAUGCACUACAUUAGCUGUGUGCUGCAGAAAUGCCUGGCCUUCCUACAGAAACGAGAUGACAAGCUAGAUGCGCUUGUCAAGAGCCUGUUGAGGGGGAGAGACAGUGAUGGCUUCCCACAGUACCAGGAGAAGUUCAUUCGAGACUGCAUUAGGAAGUUUCCUUACUGUGAGGCCACGCUCCUUCAGCAGCUGGUGAGGAGCAUUGCACCGGUAGAGAUCGGCAACGACCCAACAGCAUUCUCAGUGCUGACACAGGCCCUGACAGGUCAGAUGGCGUUUGUAGAUGCUGACUAUUGUGCUACAUGUGGGGAGAGAGGAGCUGACAAGAGGUGUUCCCUUUGUAAAGCUGUGAUUUACUGCAGCUUGUCCUGCCAAAAGCUCCACUGGUUUACCCAUAAAAAGAUGUGUAGGUCUCUGCAAGACCAGAAUGAUGCUCUGGAAAAGGACACGCCAAGGCUAAAAGAACUGAAAGAUGAUGAGAGUGACCUGGUCAUGGAGACGGCCAACUUCCUGCAGGAACUGUGUCUGCGGGCAGAGGAGAAGGUGGCUGCUGCUGGAGGCUGCCCUGCAGAGCUGCUUGCCUGUCCCUCCACCUCUGCUGAGGGAACAUCCUGCACUCAAGAUUGAAACAUGACAACCAACCAAGAAUCCUGAACAAUCCUGAGGUCAUCUCUUUUUUUUGACUCUUCAGAAAAGUUACAUAAGGAGAGGUGUGGCUUAACAGAAACAAUAUUGGCAAGAUACAUCCUGUUUGUAUAUUUCACACCAAGUCAUGUAGUUUUAGAUCAGCCAUGAUACAAAAGCUGCUCCUGAUAAAUUAAUAUUUGGAUUUUUCAAAUUAAAAAUAAGAAAUCUCAUUAAGUUGAUGCCUGGUUAGUCUGAUUAAUGAAUGGAAGGGAAGUCUAAUGCAAAGCUCACCACACUUUCUCAGUACUGUUAAGAAAUCUGUUUGGAUGUCUCUAAACUUGACUACACAUCACAAAAACCUUCUUUGGGAGAUUAAGUUUUCUCUUUAGUCUAUUUUUUUUUUUUUUAGCAAAAUACCCCAAAACAUUAUGAAUGAAUCUGACCAAAAGGAAAGAUUGUUUAUAGAUCAAAAUUAGUAUCACCUAAAUAAGUGUGUGUGUGCAUAUCAAUAGACAGAGGAGAACAGAAAAAUCUUAUUUUUUUGAAUUUUUAGCCCAGUGAGGGUGCUGACUGUGUGGUGCUAAUGUAAGGUAAAAUAAAAAAGAAGCCAGAGCUGGGGCCUAUAAAUUGGUAAUAUAUAAAUAUUACCAAUAUUUAUAUAUAUACUAUAUAAUAUAUAUAAAUGGGUUGGGCUGGUAGAUGUCGUUCCCCAUCUCUCUCCCCUUAAUUUAUGAUUUUCCUGUUACUAUCUAAUACAGACAUAAAUUGCCAAUGAAUGAAGCUUUGUUCAUAUAUCAUGUCUUGUAUCAGGUACAGAUCAACCCUGUUUCUACAGAGGAAUGUUGUGCCAAUUUUUUUUUUAUUCUGACUUUCAACUCUGAUAUGGUUAAUGAACAAUUGUGGUUAUGGCAAAUAAACUGCAGUUAAAGUUUGGUUAGGUUCAGGUAACACAAACAUUUGGUUGAGAGAAGGAGUGUAGUUACUGUGAUUUAAAAGGCAAAUGUUAAUUGCAGGUCUGUAGUAAGACAGAAAUUCCAGUCUCUUGCAUAAAUCAAAAGUGCUACACAUCCAUCCAUCACUCUCUUAACUUUGUGCCAUAUGAACAUAACUGUGUUCACCUUCUGGAGUGAAUCAACUUUGUCUUAAGUCAUAGAAGUUACUAAUGUUUGGUGAAAAUGGAACUGGGAUUUGUUGAGCCUUAGAUUACCCUAGUUCUUCUCUACUGGUGCAAGUGAAUGUUAACUGGCACAUUGUAAUUAUAACUGAACUGCACCACACAAACACCAAGGUGGCCUAGUUCAGUCAAGUGGGACAACUGUACCAGACCAUCAGGAGUCUCAAAUCUACAGUUGUACAUGAAGCAAACCUGGCAUCACCUCAUAUCGCCAUGUGACCUCAGGGUUAAUAACGGGUUUUGAUUUCUUAUCUGUUGGUUAGGAAGCAUUAUAGGCCAAGAACUCAAUUGGUUUAAAUUAAGGUCAAGCAACAUCUAUAAUGAAACUGGCAUUUAUAAUGUGUGAGUGUCAUUUUCAGUCCAGGACAUAGUGAUGUAACAGCAAGCAAUGAUAGGUGCAACGUAACAUCAAAGUUUCUUUUGUACUGUUUAUAUUAUCAAAAUUUUGUUAAUAUAACAAUAUUAAUAUAAUAUAAAAAACAUUGUUUUUAGAAGUGUGGGUUAUCCCUACAUUGCACCCUGCAUACUGUGUAUCACAAAGUAGGUAGACUUUGCUUUUUUUCUGGUUAGACUGCCAAGCUGUUUUAGCCAGUCAAACCAAAGAAAAAACACAGAUGGGAGUUCUGUGUAGGAUCAGACACAGCUUUGUACAAAAGCAGUCAUGAACUACAAACUGAGAAUGAUUUCAUUUAUGAAAAAUACUUGUUUCCUAUGUUUUCCUCAACUGUAAAAAUACAGUUGUGUCAUCAUGGCAGUGUUUAAUAAUGUGAACUAAACUGUGUUCUGUGUGUGGUCUUGGAAAGGCUGUGUUUUACAUAGUGAUGCUCAUUUAAUCUUUUAUGAUCUUAUGUUUUUUUCUUGUGUUGUUAAAGUAGCCACAUCUAUCUGUAUAACAAAAUGGUAGAAAUAAAGACUGUAACAUGACACCUGCAUAAUCUGAUAAACAUCAUCUGCCUCAUAUUUUAAAAUGAAUUAUAUAUAUAUGUGUGUGUGUGAGAGAGAUAUAUAUGUGAUAUAUUCUUUGAAGAAUUUAAAAUAUAAAACA